AUGGAAAAUUUAGAAACGUUGACAAGCAAAAUUUCUAAAUUUGGUACGAUAUCGUCUCGUUCGGAUACACAUACUACAAGUAGUUUAGAAGAAACAAGAAUAAGCGAGUUAAGUAACUGUGAAAUUACUGAUUUAAUCGAAACGAAAGUGUCCCGUAAUGAAUUCUUGACACGAGAAAACAUAUUGUUGGAAAUUCAUCUUCAUCGCAUUGGAAAAGAUGAUCUGAAAGAAGAACGAAAGUCUAUUCGAAAAUCUAGACCUUCAUCUAUUAUGUUAAAGAGACGUAACACUUAUUUUGAUAUGAGUCUUCUUAAACCGCCUGAUGCUGAAACUAGUAGUUUCCAUGAUCGCUCUUCCGAAGCACUUGUUAUGAAACAAAAAUAUUACAUACUUAAAACUGAAAUGAAGUUGAAGAAUGAUGAAAUCAAAAACAGAGCUGAACAACACGAAUCUACUUUGUGGGAUAUUCACAUGGAACUUGAAGAACUGGAGGAGAGAUAUAAAGAAGUAGAAAAAAGAAAACAAAAACUGCGAAAUGAAAUAGAAGAAAUCGAAUGUAGACUCGAGAUUAUUUCAGAUACUAUCAAAUGGAAGACGACUAUUAAUGAAAGAAUAUCUGAAAAUAUUACUCAACAAGAAAAAGAAAUUGAAGCUUAUCAAAAAGAAUAUGAUUAUAUAAAGAAUAUGGUUUCUAGUUAUAAACCUAUAACUAUAAUAGACGUCAUAAAGCAACAAAAAACUCUGAAAAUGACACAAAACCAAUUGAAAUAUUUUAAGAGAAAAACAAAUUUACUAGAUUUGAAACUUGGAAAAUUUGCGUAA